AUGGGAUUUGAAAAUGAGCACAUUGUGAUGCUGCCAUUCAUGGCCCAAGGCCAUAUCAUACCAUUUCUAGCACUAGCAAAGCAAAUCCAGCAAAGAACAAACUUCACCAUCACCAUUGCCACAACCCCCCUCAUCGUCCAGUCCCUCCAAUCCACCAUUGCCACCUCAUCAAACAACAACACCAUCAACUUGGCUGGGCUUUCAUUUUGUAGCACAGACCAUGGCUUGCCCCAAAACACUGAAACCCCAGAGAACUUGCCUCUCAGCAAACUGAUCAGUCUUGUUGCUGCUUCUGUCAGCCUUGAAGCUCCUGCUCGCCGCCUAAUCUCUGACAUCAUGGAAAAGGAAGGCCGCCCGCCGCUUUGCAUAAUCUCUGAUGUGUUUUUGGGAUGGGCUAAUAAUGUUGCAGACAGCUUAGGCACUGUCAAUGUGAGCUUCACAACAGGUGGUGCUUAUGGAACUGCAGCUGACACCUCUAUUUGGCUCAACCUCCCACACCGCUCUACAGAGGAGGACUUCUUCACCGUUCCUGGGUUCCCUGAACAGUGCUGUUUCCAUAUCUCUCAGCUGGAUCCAUUUACAAGAGCUGCAGAUGGUACAGAUUCUUGGUCCAGAUUUUUCCAGCCUCAAAUUUCACUUUCUACUAAAUCUUUUGGUUGGCUGUGCCAUACUGUGGAGGAAAUUGAACCCUUUGGAUUGGACAUCUUGAGGAAUAACUUGAGGCGUCCUGUUUGGUCCACUGGGCCUCUCAUUCCUAGAGAGGCACUCAAGAACACGUCAACUUUGGAUUUAAGUGUCUCAAGGCAACGUGCGGGAAAAAAACUGAGUUUUCCUGCUGAGAAAUGCCUUGAAUGGCUUGAUCAACAUGCUUCAGAUUCUGUUAUUUAUAUUUCGUUUGGUUCUCAGAACACAAUCAGUGAAACCCAAAUGAAGGAAUUGGCUAUUGGGUUGGAAGAAAGCGGGAGGGCUUUCAUUUGGGUCAUAAGGCCUCCAGUAGGAUUUGAUUUGAAGGGAGAGUUCAGAGAAGAGUGGCUGCCUCAAGGAUUUGAAGAGAGAAUGAACAAAAGCAAACAAGGGUUGUUGGUGCACAAUUGGGCACCUCAGUUGGAGAUUUUGUCACACAAAGCCACAAGGGUGUUUGUGAGUCAUUGUGGGUGGAAUUCAGUGAUGGAGAGCUUGAGCCAGGGUGUGCCAAUUGUUGGGUGGCCAUUGGCAGCAGAGCAGGCUUAUAAUUCAAAGAUGCUGGAGGAGGAGAUGGGUGUGAGUGUGGAGCUGACAAGGGGUGUGCCGAGCAAAAUUGUUGGGGAGGAGGUGAAGGGUGUGAUUGAUUUGGUGAUGGAUGAAAAUGGGAAAGGAGGAGAGAUGAGGAAAAAUGCUGCUGUGAUUAAGGAGAAGAUAAGAGCAUCAAUAAGAGAUGAUGAUGAAGAAAAAGGGUCUUCUGUUAAGGCAAUGGAUGAUUUUGUUGCUGUUCUUUUAUCAAAGAGACAAGAAUCAUCAAAAUCCAGUAACUCCAUUGUUAGUAAUUAG